AUGUCGACACAAGAUUUAAAUCAACAUCGUCGACAAAGGGAAGAACUGGAUUCAAACCAGACAAAUCAACGUCGUCGGGUAGAUGAUGAAUCUGCAGAAAACGACGACAACAACAACAGUCCCAGGUCAAGUAUCAGUUGGGAGAAUUUUAAGAGGAGAUGUCUCGAGAUAGACAGGGAGUUUGAGGAGGAUGCGAUACAUGACAGUGAUACUGAUGAUGAUGAUGAGACUGUGGAAGAAGAGAGUUUAGUUUCUGCUGAAGAAGGAUGGGAUUCCAAUAGCCAAUUAGACGACCAAAAUCAUCAAGGGGCGACUUACCUAUUUGAAAGAGUUCCUUGGGUCCAUGAUGCACAACUCGUUAUUGGUAAUGAAGAUGGAUCAGUCGUCAGAACUAUUCGAUUCGAUGAUGAGUUGCUUAUCCAAUUGAACCAUAACGUUAGGUCAUCAGAAGAUGGCAUGAGUUAUGAGGAACUAACGGAAAUGGAAGAAAUGAUUGGCAAAGUACAAAGAGGAUUAUCAAAAGAAACUAUCUCAAGGGAGCUGAAAACAAGAGUUCACACCACAUCUGUAGACUCGACGGUGGAGUCUGUAAUUUGCACCGUAUGUCAGGAUGGAUAUUGUAAUAAGGAUAAGAUUGCAACUCUUGAUUGCCAACAUGAAUACCACGAAGACUGCAUCACGCAGUGGUUGCUACAGAAGAACGUUUGCCCUGUCUGCAAAAGUCAAGCUCUGGAGUCGACCAUGGAAGAAAACAAGAGAGAAGAAGUGAACAAAUGUUAA